AUGCUCUCAAUUCAGCAACUGAUCAAAGCCUUAAGAAAGCUACAAAACAGCACAGCUAUAAAUAAUACUGCGGCUGGUGAUUUAGUAAAGAGUAUCAAGCAUGUGGCUAGCACCGCGGCAGAGACAGCGACGAGGGCACCUUCCUCGACGGUGCUAAUGACGUCACUGUUGAAUCGAAGAGAACAGCACCAUGAAGAUGAGUUAGACGCAGAAGUUGGACGGAAAACAACGUCAUCAUUGCCUAAACAACAAGGAGAAGAGCAAACAAAUGUAUAUAUGGGGAGUCAUGUUGGCCGCAGUAGCAGCGGCGAUAACAACAAUGCGAAUACUACUUCUAACAGCAGUAGCAGCAGCACUGACACCAGCAAAAACGGCAAUAACCAUCAACAGCAACAAACACUCAAUUGUCAUAACGAAUGUUUUAGUUUGUAUUCGUCUUUGGACACUGACGGUUCGAUAAAAGCCACGGAAAGUGAAAACUUUACUACGCAGGAUCCGCAGACAGUUGUGAUUCUUUCAACUACUUCGUCCCCACAUAGCGUAGCAACAACACAACAAAGGGGACCUCAACACAACCACCACCAUACCCAUCACCACAGUCUAAACCACCAACAAAAUCAACUACGUUCUCAACGCAUACAGAAUUUCUUUCAACAGCAAAUUUUCCAUCAACAAUUUCAUACCCAACAACAUUAUCAUAAUUUAAAUACCAAACAUAAGCAAACACAAUUUGCAAUGUCUUCACUAGCAGCAGAACCAUUGGUGGCGGCGGCGACGACAUCGUCAGCGACCACCCUACAAAAAGAUGACCUUAAUAGUAAUUGUAAAGUUUGUGGCGGUGGUGGCCAUCAGGCAUCCGAUGAUGAAUCAUCAUCGUCAUCAUCAAAAUCUAACCCGCAGCAAUCAUCAGCCUCAGACGAGAUAUAA